AUGGUGACAGGUCAAAAGCUAUGUUUUAUGUCCACUCUUAUUGUAUACUGUGUGGUACAGAGUGGUAAUGCUAUCAGUCCGGAUGGUGAGCUGCAAUAUCUUUAUGGCGUAAUCUGAUAAGAUUACUUGUCCGCCUGAUAUUUUAACGAGGAAGUCCCUUAUUUUUGUAGGCGAGACCCUUCUCGGUUUCAAGGCAGCAGUUGUUGACCCAGAUCGUGUGUUUUUGCAAUGGAGGCAAGAGGAUGCGGACCCUUGUAAAUGGAAAGGAGUGAGAUGUGAUCCUCAGACCAAGAGAGUUACUUAUUUGUGAGUUAGCUUAUUUAUUGAGUUGAUCUUGAUAUGUUUUUCUUAUUCUUUUACUGGAUGGCAGAUUAUUUUACGACGUAUUGUUGGCUGUUGAUGGACCUUUGUACUUUGACAAAUUCCUAUUCCUUUAUAUACCUUGAUUGGGCUUUAAUCCUUUUAAAAUGAAUUUAUAUGUGCGAUUCAAUUCAAGCAUGCACCUCGACUGUGAACGAGGUUUGAGGGGCAUAUGCCAAAUCAACUAUGUAAUUCCUAAACUUUCUAUUUUUUCUUGUGUCGCAGCAGCAGAUAUGGCACACUAAAAGGCCAUUUAGCAGAAACCUAUGAAGUGUUAAGAUUCAAGAAGUAUGAAGUAAUAGGAAUAUAUAAAAAAUCAUGAAGUAAUGCAAAUAAAAACACUAUCCGCUUGGAAAAGAAUAGAAAGGGAGACGCGAAAUGGAAGAAUCUAGAAUUCUCCGGGCUUUAGUGUUCAUAUGUUCUACAUUUUUAAUAAACUUAUCUUCUUCAGUUCAAAUUAUUUAUUUCAUUUUUUUGAAAAAGUAUGCUCUUUCAAGUUGAUAAUGCUUUCUUGAAGGGGUCUUCACCGGUUAUUUACAAAGAAAAUAAUUAUUUUUUCCUCGCUUUUGAAUUUCAUGCUGAUCAUAUGAAUGUUCUUAUUAUUGGUAAAUAUACGUUAGUAGUCUGCGAGUCUUGAUGUGGUUGAUUAAUCGUCUUCAAUGAUGAUGUUUUCAGGAGCCUUCCUUCCGGCAGAUUGAGUGGAUUAAUAACAAAUGAGAUUGGGAAGCUAUCUAGCCUGAAGCUUUUGUACGUAUCUUAGGAACUUCGCUCGUCACAUCAAAGCUUUUCGUUGUUUACCGGAUACUAUGAUGAAUUUUAUUCCGAAACUGCUUUAUGCUUUUACUGUGCAGAGCUCUUAAUGACAACUCUUUCUAUGGAAACAUCCCUUCAGAACUUGGAAAUUGCACCGAGUUACAAUUUUUGUAAGUUAGUAAUGUUAUUCUUCAGAGGCCGCAUGCUACAAUUUUCUUAUUCAAUAUCUGUAACUUGUUUGAAUGUUAUGCAUCCUGAAUGAUGUAACCGGACUAUGUAUUCUACUUUUAUGCUGGUCAUUUCAUAUUUGUUUCUGUAUAUAUCUACGUUUUUACAUCGUUCGGUUUGAUGAAACGUCUGAAAAUAUUUAAUUAUUUUAUCACGUUUAUUUUUAAUGAGUUUAUGAGAAACUUUUGACUUUACUCGCAUGCUCAUUGAACAUGGUUAAGCAUGUUCAUUAAUUUCAAAUUAGACUAGUUUUAAUGUUGAACACUUCAAAUUAUAUCAAGUUUAUCUACCAUAGACUAUAUUAUGGCAACGUAUUUCAGGAAGUUAAGUAAUAAUAUAUUUCCUGUACCUUGGACCUGCAUCCUCUGCCUCCCAGCAAUCAUCUCAUUAAUCUAGAUAAGAAACUAUCGGGUACUAUAGAGGACUCUGACCCUCUGAUCUAACCUUGAGCACGUCCUUGCAGCUACGUUUCUUUAAUAAAUUCAUAUCUUCCCUUCGUAAGAUGUUUUAAGCUGAGGAUUGACGAUAAUCGGACUAGUUUAAAUUGUUUCGAACUUUAGCGGGAAACCAGAAGCCGAAAUAGCUGCUAUUGCGAGCUUCAACCUAUGGUGAAUCUUGUUCACUCUAUGUAGAUCUGAUACAACAUAUACGGCCACAGUUUUCAAAACUAAACAGUCAGCGUUGAGGUAAAAGCUAUAAAUUUACCUUCUUUAGGUUCAUUUAGGGGAUAUGCAUUUCUCAAGACGAACGGGAUACGUUUUUUAUUCUGUCUGAAUAUGUUUCUCAUCUCUUUUCUAUCAAAGUAAGGCUUGGUAACGAAUAUACCUUAAAUUGAUUUGACAAAAGGUCAUUUCUCCUGUACCUCCAAGUUCAUUCUACUAGCUACUAUUGAUAUUUUCUUUUUUUUCAGAUACUUGCAGGGAAACUUCUUUGGUGGGUCUAUUCCUCCCGAACUUGGCAAACUCUCAGAGCUAGAAACCCUGUAAGCUUUUAUCCAAUGCCCUGCUUGGAUAUCACGAAUGUUGGCCAUUCCAAAUUAUAAAUGCAUACUGUGGUCUUAAUUGUGUCAGAGCUUUUAUUGAUUACCUUUUGAUAUUUUAAGUAAUAGAUGUGUUAGUGAGGCCAUAUUUACGAUCAGAAAAGGAAAUGCAUGGCAUCUAAACGGAAUAUUUACGAUUUUAAAAUAAGAAUCAGAUCAGCGUCAUAUUCAUCCAAUUCUAAACUGAUAUUUACUUGACUGGCGGUGUUCUUACUCAUAUUGAUCUGAAGUUCUAAGAAAAGUGAAGGAGGUGGUUCUUCUCUUUUCUCUUGGUUUGAUAACAUUCGACAAAAUUCAGUCAACUCGCCUGUGAAGCGAAUUAAACAAGAAAAUGACCCGAAGCACUUUAAAGUGCCAUGGAAAUCGCAAACAAAGAUCGUUUGAAACAACAGAUGUCCUACAGGUUUGUAAAAAUAUUUUAUUUUUCUAGAUUUCUGGAAAAAUUUCUAGACAUUUAAUGAAGGCAUUGAGAAGGACUAUGAAUUUAUGCAUGCUGAGUAUAAAUAUGCGACAAAUGCAAAAGGUGUAGGGGAGGAUCGAAUCCGUUUCCUCUGCCCAAAAUAACUGUGAACUCAGUUCAUGGGGCUGAGAAUUGAAAAUGUCCUAUGUUUUUCUUCUCAUAUUAUUUAGUUAUUUCAGAUGAAAAUCACUUGCAGGAUGAAUUACAGGUGGUUAAUCUGUGGACUAAAACAUGAAACAAUUGCUUGUACGUAGCUGAGUGGGCUUGAUUUCCUUAACUUUUUUAGUAUUAGUAAUCAGAGAGUCUCUGUCAUGCAACUCUGAUACUUGAGUUUAUGCUUGCGACUAUAUCACUCCGGGUUUAAAGCCUGUUAGCAUCAGUGUAGUUAUAUUUCAAGCUAUUAGAUUCUGUUACGAAGCCAACCGUCGUCUACACAAGACGACCUAGACCCCCACGUUGAGGGGGGAUCACGACAGAAUAAUGUACUGGGGCCUAUAAAUAUAGAAGAGGCCGAAAUAAGAAAGGGGAGGAGAAAACAGAGGGUGGAGAGGGAGAUCUGUCCCUGGGGAGGUCCGAUUCGGGCUCUCCUGCUCCUGAGGAUCAAUCCGACCUCAGCAACUCACCCUACUGUCUGCGAACCUCUAUUGUCUUUCCAAUUUCCAUUUUCAAUUGUUCACUCUAGUUCUUCUAUACAACAGAGAGUUGAUUUCCUGAGUGAGCCACGUUUAAGGUAAGGUUAGGGUGAAGAUUCGCCCAAAUCUCAAGAGGUUCGUAACAGAUUCUCGUUACUAUGCUUCAAAUCCUGAUUAUUGAUGUUUUUGUUUUUUGGGAAUAAUGUUCAUGAGACGAUAAUGUACCUCAAUAGUUUCUUGAAGAUUACCUGUUGAUGGUGAAUUGUUAGAAUUAUCCUGGCUUAUCUGCUUCUAAUUCAUUGAUGUACAGAUAACAUUGUGAUAUGACAAACUUCUAAUUUCAUAUUUAUGUCCUUGACCUCUAUUGUAUUGUUCAUCAGAUUUUGUAUUAAUGAUAGCUCUAUUUUAUGUCUCGUGUACUAUUUUGUAGUGAUCUUUCAAGCAACAGUUUAAGUGGAUCUAUUCCUCCAUCGUUAGCUAACUUGCCCAAACUUUCAGCAUUGUAAGUGCCACAGGUUCUUCUUGGAUACUAUCCUGUUUCCCAAACUUUCUUCUCUGAAGCUGGAGUUAACUUAUUUCUCCUUACGUUUGAAGCAAUGCGUCAACAAAUUUCCUCACUGGGAGAAUACCAUCUGAAGGUUCUUUCCUCAAAUUUUUCAAGGACUCGUAAGUUCCCUGUGGGAGGUGGUAUUUGAUAACGGGAGAGUAAAAUUGACUGUAUUUUCUUGUAGUCUAGCUGUUACCUUGUGAGCAGAUGACGAAUACCUAAUUAGGCAGCGUGCAGAAAAUCCCACGGGAGUGAGAUAACAUUAAAGAAUCAGAGAACUUCGCUGGUGUGCCACAAUCUCAUCUUAUGACAUUCUUUUUCGUGGCUAUAUGUGCAGAUUUGUUGGGAAUCGUCUGUUAUGUGGGGCGCAACUUGAUGUGGUAUGCCAAGAUUCUGUGGGUGGACCAUCCAGCACUUCCCCCACUCCCGGCUCAGGUAAUCUGUUUUUUUUUUUUCUGUGCUUUCCUUUGAACUUGGAUGGAUUGAAAACAUAGAAAGUGAAGAUGAAAGUCAUAUUUAGCCUGCUUGGGUAACAUUUGGCAUUUUCACCUAGACAAUCUGCGAGUGAAAGCCCGGGACUCUGACAUUCGUUCUCCAAUGUCCAUUUUCUGUUUCUGGUUCUCUUGUGAGGGCAAUAGUGAGGGGAGGUGGUCUAUAUUCUAACAUGGACCGUCAGAAAAUAGCACUCGAGUCAUUAUUUUGUGUCCAUAUUUCGAUAAAAUUAUCUUAAAUCAACUAUUUUUGUGGAUAAUUUUGGUAUUUGGGUUAUUAGGAUUGUUAAUGUCUGCGGUCCAAAUAUAUGCAGCACAAGAGAUGGAAAACAUAGACUCAAUAAAGCAACGCUGAUUGGAAAUUCGGUUGAUAUUUGUAUGAGUCGGCAUAAAAGGCUUCCAUAUCCUCUAAGUGGAUUGCUUCAUGUUGAGAAAGUGUGAUAGAAUUUAGAAGGGGUUUAGUGUAGAUAAGUUGAAUACUUCGAUGCAUUCCUAUUAGAAAUUUAGCGACAGAGAUGAUAACUUGACAUAGGGGGCUUAGUUCUGUUGAAAUUUGUUGUUAACAAUUGUGGCCUACAUAUCAGACACCUUAAUUUGCUUUCUCAUCUUCUGCCUUCCCCUGAAAAUUCUUGUUUUCUGUCAUAGAUUUCAUGGAUAUCAUGUGUGCGUCCUCCAAAUUCUUCUGUUGGUCUUUCCUCUAUUUUGUACGCAUGCCAUAUUUUUCAUGUUUUACCGGCCUGAUUGUCUUCACUGCCCUGGUAUUUUCUCGAUUUCUACCGUUGUUAUUUGCCCCUUACUCACUUGUUACCUGUACUCUUGGACAGUCAUAUAUUUUCGGUUUCAUAGGUUCUGCGAGCAUCUGGGCUCGUUGUUCCCUGUUGUCUGUGUCGUCCAGGGUUCCUGGUCACAUGUAGUCAUAUAUACACACGGUUAUUGCCAAAAAUGUCUCACAUUCGAUAUACCCUCUAUUUUUGCAGACAGUGGCGCCUCCAGAAGGAAGUCUUCUAGGUACUCUACAAGGCUACUUAUAAGUGCGGUUGCGACAGUUGGUGCUUUGCUAUUGGUGGCGCUCAUGUGCUUCUGGGGUUGUUUCCUUUACAAGAAAUUUGGGAAAAACGAUGGCCAGAACCUUGCGAUGGAUAUCAGUGAAGGUAUAUAUGUUCUCUUUACUUUUAUUUUUUUUCUUUAUCUUUCUUAAUAUAUGAUAACACAUUAUAUUUCAUGUAUUAUGAGCUUGCGCGGGUCGUAUUUAACUUCCUAUUUAUUUCUUCAGGUGCAUCUAUAGUAAUGUUCCAUGGAGAUUUGCCCUACGCAUCCAAUGAUAUCCUUAAGAAAUUGGAAUAUUUAGAUGAAGAUAACAUUAUUGGCUGCGGUGGCUUUGGAACAGUGUACAAACUUGCAAUGGACGAUGGAAACGUUUUUGCUUUGAAAAAAAUAGCGAAGACGAAUGAAUACUUGGAUCGAUUUUUCGAGAGGGAGCUUGAGAUUCUUGGAAGCAUCAAACAUCGGUAUCUGGUCAAUUUACGGGGAUAUUGCAACUCUCCUUCUUCCAAGGUUCUAAUCUAUGAUUUUCUCCCUGGUGGGAGUCUGGAUGAGGCAUUGCAUGGUGAGAUAUCUCCUCGCAGUAUUAUUGAAUUGAUGCGUUACGAAGCAGAUGUGGGCCAACGUAAAAAUGGAAAAGAUCCAUCCUACUGCUGAGCACGAUGAUCUUUGCAUUUACCUUUAUUUAUAUCUUUUUUUAUCCGUUGUUUAGUCAUAGAAAGAUAUUUAUUAAAUAUGGAAUCUUGAAAAGGAAUGCUGCUGCUCAUCUAAAAAGACUUUAUGCUAUUGGCACCUUUUCCUGCGGUUUGUUGGGGAGCAACUCAAAAAUCUAACUGAUGACAGAAAUCAUUACAGCAUCGUUCAAGAACCAUCUUUCUUCCGUGGCACUUUUUAAUUCGGUAGAGUUAUUUCAUUGGUGCACAGCGAUUGGUCUGACCCUGGCCAGAGAUGCGGUGAUUCUGAGGGAUCCUGGAAAAGAAAAAAAAAAAAUGUGAAGAGGAUGCUGGAAAUUGCUAGGAAGAAAAAAGGGAAAAGAAAGAAAGAGAUAGGAAGAAGAAGGAAAGGGAGAGAUGGAAGAUCAGAGAGGAAUUCUUCUUCUCAUUCAUGCUUCUCAUCCCAGAGAUACCCCACCAACCCCCAAGAUACAAUUAUACAAUUAUAAUGGUGCAUCUUUCUAUCGAUCAUUUGGGUAGGGUUUAUCCUUUCUUCGUCACUGCUUUGAGUGGAAAAGUCUUCCGAGAUGUUCCUAUGUUGAUGCUCCCUUCACUUCGCAGGAAGGUCCGAUCACUUGGACUGGGACGCUCGGGUGAAUAUCAUCAUGGGGGCUGCAAAAGGCUUGGCGUACAUGCACCAUGACUGCUCCCCUCGCAUCAUACAUCGUGACAUCAAAUCAAGCAACAUCCUGCUGGACGGCAACUUGGAGGCCCGCGUCUCUGAUUUCGGUCUCGCCAAAUUGCUGGAAGACUCGAAUUCUCACAUCACGACGAGGGUCGCCGGCACUUUCGGUUAUCUUGCUCCAGGUAUAAUUAUUUUUCUUACAUCUGAAUACGAAAAGGGUAGAGAUAAAAAGGAACUUUAUUUAUGCUUGGAUGGGGAGAGUGGAUGGAUGAUCAGCCAGUGUGGGCAGGGCCAUUUUCCUGCUACACGGUCAAAGUCUCAUGUUAUUCUGUUGUGUAGUGUGUUCUUGGGGACUCUGGCCCAUCGUCGGUUUCUAUCUUCGUCUCUGGGUUCUUGCAUCUUUCCAUGGCUGGCUCACACCACUCUCCUCAGGCCCUGGCUGAAUCCUCCAUGUCUUACGGCCCUAUGUCCUAUAGGAUCAUAUUGGAACAUUUCUGGGCAAAUCCGGUCGUUGCUGUGUACCGCAUGAUUAUAGAAUCUUUUCUAUUUUCGUUCGAUUCGUUGACGGUUUUUGCUUUCCGGAAUCUGAAUGAGAAGAUUUGGGGUUUAUUUCUUGGGGUCCCUUCGUGAAUAGAAUAAUCUUUGAGAGCCUUAUCCCGUCUUGUUUCCUCCUUGAAGUCAUAGAAGGAGAGGGAGGAGACUCUUUUCUUCCUACCAGUUUGUGAUUUUUAUCCUCUGAUGUCUCGUCUGUACCUCUCUGCAGAUUACAUGCAGACGGGCCGAGCUACGGAAAAGACGGAUGUUUAUAGUUUCGGGGUGCUCAUUCUCGAGAUCUUGAGCGGCAAGCGACCCACCGACUCGUCUUUCUUGGAGAAGGGCUUGAACAUCGUCGGCUGGGUACCCCCACCACCCCAACCCCUCUCUCUCUCUCUCUCGCUCUCACUAACGACGAAGAGACUUUCAACUGGGCAGCUGAACUUCUUGGUGAUGGAGAACCGGCAGAGGGAGAUAAUCGACCCCCAGUGCGAGGGAACCCAAGUGGAGAGCCUGGACGCCCUGAUCGGGGUGGCCGCGCAGUGCGUCUCCUCCAAUCCGGAGGAGCGGCCCACCAUGCACAGGGUGGUGCAGCGGUUGGAGUCGGAGGUGAUAACACCAUGCCCUAGCGACUUCUACGACUCCAACUCCGACUGA